UUAUUUUAUUUCACCUAUGUGUCAGCCAAUCACAAAACAAAACACCUUUAUGUCAGCCAAUCACAAAAGAAAAACAAAUAAUACAAUAUGACAUAAAAGCAGUGGUUCGUUUAGACGACUGAAAUGUAUUUAAAAACAGUUACAAUGUCUGAAGAAAAUGAUCGUCAUUUAUUAUAAUCAAAACGCUCUAAGGAUCGUCUUCCGGUGAUAGAAGUUGAUGCUGCCUGCGUUGUGUUAUCUAGUUCAUUGCGCUGAAACCGGAGUUCAGCAGGGUGUUUGUGUGACGGAAGUCGUCUCAGUUCUGAAGGAACUAGCGCCGAGCAGACCCGCCGGGCAACAACAACAAAAAAACAGGUUGAAUCAACGUUGUUUCUCACGUCAUUCCAACCAACAACAACAACAUCACUGUGAUGAUGUUGAAUCAACGUGGAAAACUAAUUGGAUUUGUAAAAAAAGUCAUCAACAUAAAGGGCAUUUCAUUUUUUUUCCUUCUUUCUCCCAAAUCCAAUGACAUUUCUUGUUGAUUUCACGUCGAAUUAGUUUGACAGCUCAACCAAAUGUAAAUCAAAACUAGACGUUUGUGGCCAGUGGGGUUGGGAGCCAGCCCAGCGAGCAGCGCAGGCACCGUCGGUCCGUCCAUCCUUCCAGCAGCCAGUCCCUCUUCUGCAGAGCGCACUCACUCACUCACACGCACGUACUCACGCACACAAACACGUUGUAGUCAGUUCUUACCGUGUGCGUUGCGUGCAGGGCAGCUCGGCUCGCUGCUCGCAGCUGGGAUAGGACGAGAAAGAAGACCACGGGAGACGGAGAAGACAAGGGGUGUGUGAAAAAGGGACUUAACGUUCGACUGGAAGAUGUUGGACUGGGAUAUUUGUACCGCGGCGGACCAAGGAACACGGUACACAAUGAGGUACACAAUGAGCCCUAUUGGAUUACAGUGAUUGUGCUGCUCUUUCUCAGCGGUGUGUGUGGAGUUAACAACAGGAUUAAUAUUCUAUACCUCGGGAAGGAAGGAAGGAAAGAAGGAAUAAACGCCUGUCUUCAUUUGGUUUGAGUUCCAGAGGACGCGGGGGGGAACCGGCUGGGCUGUUGUAAUGUCACCUCAUCACCCCGCUGUUCUGAAGCUCUAUGAAAGGGAGAGGCUGAGAUGAAGUGUCUCAACAUGUCAGUGGGCAGGGGGCUGACCCUGGCCUUCCCAGCUCUCCUGUGUUCCCUGGUGACCCUGGUGACCCUGGUCAUGGAGGUCGAAGGUCAGAAGGUCCCCAUCCUCAACAUCGCUGUGAUCCUGGGCCGUACGCGCUACAUCUCCGACCGGGACAUUCGGGCUCUCUGGAGCAAAGACGACCCCAUGGACGUCAACGUGGUCACCGUAUUGGUCAACGAGACUGACCCCAAGAGUAUCAUCACCCACGUGUGCGACCUGAUGUCUGGGACCAAGAUCCACGGGGUGGUGUUCGGAGACGGGACGGACCAGGAGGCCAUCGCUCAGAUAUUGGAUUUUAUUUCCUCCCAGACACUGAUCCCCAUCCUGGGCAUCCACGGGGGAUCCUCCAUGAUCAUGGCUGAUAAGGACGACAAGUCAACGUUUUUCCAGUUCGGAGCUUCCAUCCAGCAGGAGGCGCUGUUGAUGUUGAGCAUCAUGGAGGAGUACGACUGGCACAUCUUUUCCAUAGUCACCUCCAAGUUCCCCGGAUACCAGGAGUUUAUCAACGUCCUCAAGAGCACCGUGGACAACAGUUUUGUAGGCUGGGACCUGCAGCACAUCAUAACAUUAGAUGCUGUGGAGGAAGACAGUAAGAGUCAGAUCAUGUUGAAGAAGGUCCAAUCCCCGGUGGUUCUGUUGUACUGCUCUAAAGACGAGGGAGUCUUUAUCCUGGAGGAGGCUCGCUCCCUGGGCCUCACCGGGUUCGGAUACAUCUGGAUCGUCUCCAGCCUGACCUCCGGCACCACCGAGACGGUACCCGAGGAGUUCCCCUCGGGCAUGGUGUCCGUCUCCUCUGAGGACUGGGACUACCCUCUGGAGGCGCGGGUGAGGGACGGGCUGGGCAUCAUCACGUCCGCUGCCUCCGCCAUGCUGGAGGAGUACGGCGAAAUACCUGAAGCGAGGACUUCCUGUUACGGGACACAGCCGGAGAAGCCUUCCAAGGUUCCUCCUCUCGCUCUGCACAAGUAUAUGAAGAAUGUAACAUGGGAAGGUAGAGACUUGUCGUUUACAGAAGAUGGUUACCAGCAGAACCCCAAGCUGGUCGUCAUCGUUCUCAAUAAGGAACGAGAAUGGGAGAAGAUGGGUCGUUUGGACAACCGUAGCCUGACGUUGAAGUACCACGUGUGGCCGCGCUUCAACUCGUUCGGCGACGCGGAGACGGAUGACAACCAUCUGUCCAUCGUGACUCUGGAGGAGAAACCCUUCGUCAUCGUCGAAGACGUGGAGAGGCUCACUGGAACUUGUAUGAGGAAUUCUGUUCCCUGUAGGAAGCACAUCAAGGACAACACCACAGAGGCGGGCGGGACCUACAUUAAAAAGUGCUGUAAAGGAUUCUGCAUCGACAUCCUGAAGAAGAUCGCGAAGUACGUGAAGUUCACCUACGAUCUCUACCUGGUUACCAACGGUAAACAUGGGAAGAAGAUCAACAACGUGUGGAACGGGAUGGUGGGAGAGGUGGUCUAUAAGAAAGCUGUCAUGGCCGUCGGCUCUCUGACGAUCAAUGAGGAGCGUUCUGAGGUCAUCGAUUUCUCCGUCCCGUUCGUGGAAACUGGAAUAAGCGUCAUGGUCUCCCGUAGCAACGGAACCGUCUCCCCGUCCGCCUUCCUUGAGCCAUUCAGUGCGACGGUGUGGAUCAUGAUGUUUGUGAUGCUGUUGUUGGUAACAGCGAUGGCUGUGUUCAUGUUUGAAUACAUCAGCCCUCUGGGCUUUAACAGGAACCUGGCACAGGGGAGAGACCCCCACGGCCCAUCGUUCACUAUGGGUAAGGCGGUGUGGCUGCUGUGGGGUCUGGUGUUCAACAACUCUGUCCCGGUUCAGAACCCUAAAGGCACCACCAGUAAGUUCAUAGUGUCGGUGUGGGCCUUCUUCGCCGUCAUCUUCCUGGCCUCCUACACAGCCAACCUGGCUGCCUUCAUGAUCCAGGAGGAGUUUGUAGACCAGGUCACGGGACUGUCUGACAACAAGUUCCAGAACCCGUAUGCGUACUCCCCUCCGUUCCGUUUUGGGACGGUCCCCAACGGUUCGACAGAGAGGAACAUCAGGAAGAAUUACCCUAACAUGCACGAGUACCUGUCCAAGUACCACCAGACAGGGGUUCAGGACGCUCUGGUCAGCCUGAAGACGGGUAAACUGGAUGCCUUCAUCUACGAUGCUGCUGUGUUGAACUAUGCAGCGGGUCGAGACGAGGGCUGUAAGCUGGUCACCAUCGGCAGCGGGUACAUCUUCGCCACCACCGGCUACGGCAUCGCUCUGCAUAAAGGGUCCUACUGGAAACGCCAGGUGGACCUGGCUAUACUGGCUAUUAUAGGAGACGGUGAGAUGGAGGAGCUGGAAGCUCAGUGGCUAACGGGGAUCUGUCACCAUGAGAAGAACGAGGUGAUGUCCAGUCAGCUGGACAUCGACAACAUGGCCGGAGUGUUUUACAUGCUGGCUACCGCAAUGGGACUGUCUCUCAUUACCUUCAUAUCAGAGCAUCUCUUCUACUGGAGGUUGAGAUACUGUUUCACUGGAGUCUGUACGGGAACACCAGGACUACUGUUCUCUAUAAGCAGGGGGAUUUGGAGUUGUAUCCACGGCGUCCACAUCGACAUGAAGAAGAAGUCCGAGCUGGAUUUUAGCCCUCAGGCUAACAUGUUGAAGCUCAUCAAGUCAGCCAAACAGAUGACCAACAUGUCCAACCUGUCUACGUCCAGGAUCAAUUCCCCCAAGCGGGCGGCUGAGUUCAUGCACUCGGCGGGGCCCAUGAUCAUGGAUAUGAUGGCUGAGAAAGGUAACUUCAUCUACGCCGACAAUCGAAGCUACGCCCCUAAAGAGGUGAUCUACGGCGAUACGGGCGACCUCCAGGCGUACCUGGCCAACCGACACAAAGACCACCUGAACAACUACAUCUUCCAAGGAGGACAGCACCCUCUGACCCUCAACGAGUCAAACCCAAACUCUGUGGAAGUGGCGGUGAGCGCGGACGCCGCCCAGACCAACGCCAAACCCAGAGGCCUGUGGAAGAAGUCCGUGGACACAAUGCGGCAGGGUCCAGGUGUCCCCGGCCCCGACAUGCUGUCCCCCGACCCUCGCAUCUCCAUGAAGACACAGCGAUACCUUCCGGAGGAAGCAGCUCACUCAGACAUCUCUGACUGCUCCAGCCGAGGAGGAGGCGGUUCGUACCAGGACCCGGAAAACAACAAGCACCUGAAGAACAAGGACGGAUUAAAAAAAAGACAGUUGCCGUCAAAAUACCCUAGGGACUGCAGCGAAGUGGAGCUGUCCUACUUAAAGACUAAGCAGGGCAGCGGAGGGGGUGGAGGAGUGGGAGGACAGGGACAAGGACAGAUCUACACCAUAGACUCAGAUAGAGAACUCAAUCUCAACUCCGAUCCUUUACACUACCGCGAGAGUCGAGGCCUGGCCGCCGACGACCUGGACUACCCGGAGAUCUACUCUGACCACAACGACAACUACAGGAAGUGUCAGGAUCAGCCAAUCAUCCACCUCAACUCGUCCCCGCUGCACCACGCCGACGUCGACCUGCUCCCGGACUCCACUUACUCCAAACACUACGGCGUGAAGGAUAAGAGCUUGUCCCUGUCGCCCCACGAGACCAACGACCGUUCCAAACAGACCCACUGCCGCUCCUGUCUGUCCAAGUUCCCUGCCAGUAGCAGCUACACCCCGGGUCACUACACGCCCACAAACACCGCUUCUGUUGCCGCCGCCGCAGCCGCCGCCGCCGCCCGCUCGCCCUACAACCGCUGCGAAGCGUGCCUCCACACUGCUAACCUCUACGACAUCAGCGAAGACCAGCUGCUCCAGGACGCCCUGCUGACCAACCAGGGAAUGCAUCAACAUCAGGACGAGAUGUUCGGCCACUACUGGCCUCAGACGGACGGUCCGCACGUCCAGAAGAGAAAUCGGCUGCGUAUGUCCCGCCAACACUCGUUCGACAACAUCAUGCUGGAGAAGCCUAAAGAAAUAGAUCUGGGUCGUCCGGCUCGCUCCGUCAGCCUCAAAGAGAAAGACCGCUGCUUCCUGGACGAUUCUCCCUACGCCAACCUGUUCAGCGUCCGCCAGGCCGACAAGCUGUUGGGCUCCAGGUCGAUGCUGUUCAACCUGGAGGAGAACAAACGGAGCAAGUCGCUGUACCCCGAACACGGCUCUGACAACCCCUUCAUGGCGUCUUCGCUGAGGGACGACACGCGCCUCGUCCACGGACGCAGCUCCUCCGACAUUUACAAACAGCUGGGAGGAGGAGGAGGGCUCAAAACAUCGCAACGCAACGAAAACAAUCUGAGAUCCUCGGUCAAAUCCGCCGCUUCCUACUGCUCCCGGGACGGAGGACGGAUACCAGCCAAUGACAUGUACAUUACAGAGCAUGUGAUGCCUUAUGUAGCCAAUAAGACAAGUUCUUACUCAGCCGCACCGCGAGGGGUACUAAACUCAGCCCAGUUCAGCAAUAGACGGGUUUAUAAGAAGAUACCCAGUCUGGAGUCAGACGUUUAAUUAACUUAAUGAUUAUAAUUAUUAGUAGGGUUAUUACGAAGUCUUUCUGCUGUGUUUUAUUAUAGUUUAUAACUAUCUACUAUCCACUUAGGAUGCCAUAGACACACUUAUUCUUCUUCUUCUGCUACUACAACUACUACUACUAUUACUACUAUAGCCAGAUAUACGUACCAGGGGAGUUGAAGCUCUCUCUCUCUCUACUAAUCUCUCUGUUCCUUCCAGGGGAGUUGAAGCUCUCUCUCUCUCUACUAAUCUAUAUGUUCCUUCCAGGGGAGUUGUAGAUCUCUCUCUCUCUCUCGCUCUCUCUCUCUCUCUCUCUCUACUGAUCUCUCUGUUCAUUCCAGGGGAGUUGUAGUGAGAGGUUUGGCCCGUCAUAUGAUUCAUGGACAGACAGACAGGCAGACAGGCAGGCAGGCAGACAGACAGACAGACAGAGAGACAGACAGACAGAAAGACAGUAGGAGAGGAAUAAGGAGAGAGAGAAAGAGAGAAGGAGGAGGAAUCAA